AUGUACACAGUGGUGGCAGAGUUGUCAGAGAAUGCUCGUCAGCUCAGCGACGAGGAAAAGAUACAGGCUGAAUCAUGGGCGAGAAUAGAAAAUGAACAUAAGUCAGUUGUUGAUAAGCUUGUUGCGAGGGAACUAGAACUGCGAGGAAACAUUGACCAGCUUGCGGCAUGUUUGGAGAGACUUCAGGCGAAAAUCGAAAAAGCCACCAAGGAGUGUGAAGACUACCUACCCACGGCACCCGAGGUGGGAGAACAGUCUCACCACGACCAGCAGACACGUCGACAGGCCAAAGAAUCGAGCGUCGGACAGGCAGCAGAAAAGGUUGGGAUAAAAUCCAAGCUCUACGAAGAUGGGGAGUGGCAGCUCAAACAUACGCUCAUGGUAGAUGCUUCAGAGCCAUCAGAGCUGAGGCGAGUAGCGAGCAAGUAUAUGCGGACAGGGUAUGGGAUCUUUGAUAGCCAAAAUCGAGCACUGACUGCUCAAACAUGCUUUGAGCGAGUGAAGUCUGAUGGGACAAAUGUUAUGGCAGCUCAGAAUGUCUGGCAGCAGGGGGUGCUAGCCAUCCUUUGUGCCAGCGCUUGCACGUUCAUCUCUGUUGUCGCUCUCCUAGCCCCCGUCGUCCUGGCCGCCCCGCAGGCGAGUAAUGAAGGGGGCUGGAUCGCACUCCUCCAGGAACAGUGCAGUGAUAUGUCACAGCAGUGUCUUGAUAUUGCUAAGCAGGUCCAUGAGCCGCAGUUUGAUAUUAUUCAAGCUACAAAAGUUAUACCGGCCAUGUCGACUUGUACCCCAGCCUAUGUGGAAUGUAUCCAAAAGCUCUCACCCGACUCUGAUGUUUCUACUUUUACUCAGCCAGGCGCCAAUCAAGGAGGGCUCACUACAUGCCUCCUACAAAUUGCGCCUGAUCAUUUUAAGUACUUUCUCGACAAUGAUAGCGCUGAGAUACCGAUUCCGGCUCGCCAAAACUGUGCAUUGCGAGAGCUGCACCGCGAAGCGCACGUUCAACUGGGUCCCUUGGCCUAA